UGUCAGAUCUGGUCGGCCGAUCUUAAAAGUUGUCAGUGGGGUUUGCCAAAGGACUGGUUUUCUUAUACGUUGUGUCCUUCGUAAUAUAACCAAUAGAUGGGAUAUACCCAAGUGUCUUUUAUCCCAACCUGCUGAUGUUUUAUACAACGAAGACUGUCAUGGCAGAGGAAAGUUCGAGUAGCAGUGUAGUUGCUAAUAUGAACAGUUACAGCCUUCAGUUCCGAAGGGGCCUUACCACCCUAGAUAGGGGCCCUAGAAGAGGAAUGUUCAGUCUGGCAGAUACAGAGGAUGAUGUCCAGUUUGACACCUCGGACUCUGACAAUAACCAUGAAGUGUUGCUGGCUGGGAGACAGUACCCUUCUAUCCAGGAAUUCGCGUCUGCCAUUCCCAACCACCUGCUGUUGGGAUCUCUGUUGGAACACUUGUGCUUUAUUUACGAGAGUGACCCCACACGAUCACGCAUGUUGUUCAAGGUGAUUGGCCAGCAUUUGGCAGCCAUGAACCUUCUUUCUCCAUUGGCUAUCAGCGAUGAGUUCAGCACAGUACGACUGCAGCAUAACCGUGCAUUCACGGAGCUCCUGCAUGCAACAAGUUCAUCGCUCUUUGCCCAGGAUCAUAGAUACUUGCGCGCAGAAGGCCAAAGUCUAAGAACCAAAGAUGCUCUUUUCCAAGCACAAACAUCCCGUUACCUUAGCGAAUUUGAUGAAAUCGCAGCUCUAGGUAAAGGAUCCUAUGGCAAAGUGUUUAAGGUUGAGAACAAGCUGGAUGGUCAGGACUAUGCUGUGAAAAAAAUUCUCAUUAAAAAAGUAACAAGAGAUGACUGCAUGAAGGUUCUUAGAGAGGUUAAAGUCCUCUCCAGCCUCCAGCAUCCUAAUAUUGUUGGAUAUCACACUGCCUGGAUGGAGCAUGUUCAGCCUGCUGUGGAAAAUCCCAAAUCCCUUAUUUCACGAGCAUUUCCAGCCUUGGAGGAACCCUCACACAAAGAUGGGAACACACAGGAAGGCACUGACAGCAGUGGAUCGUCCAUUGUUUUUGAACAUUCUGGCCAACCAGAAGCCAAAGAAAAUCAAGUUACAUUAGAGAGCUUCUCAGUCAAGCCCUCAACAUCAAAAGACAUCGGACAACUUCAAGAGGUGGAUCGUGCUGUGUGUCCAAAAAACAUACGAAACCCACAGAACUUUGUUCCAUGUGUGUUCCUGGGAAAACCUCGCACUACAGUGAACAAAUGUCCUGCAGCUACGUGGGACAACUCGGCGAUCUCAGAAGAUGGCCUUAGUCAAAACAGACUGGAGUUAAACAAUAACUCGUACAUUGAUGUAGAAAGUCCUGAAUUGUCAGAAAAGCAGACAAAUGAGGUUCAGUUCCACUUAAUGCUUUACAUACAAAUGCAGCUAUGCGAGCGAUCUUUAAAAGACUGGAUACAAGACCGAAACUUAAGAACCAUGGAGCAACUACCAGUUUCCAAAGAUGCCUGUGAGUCAGUUGACUGUGAACAAGGACUAAAUAUUUUAAAGAAAAUACUUGAAGGAGUGGAAUACAUUCAUUCCCGUGGAAUAAUGCAUAGGGACCUAAAGCCUAGAAACAUUUUCCUCCAUGGACCUGACUGUCAUGUGAAGAUAGGAGACUUUGGACUGGCGUGCCAAAACUUUGUAAUGGAGGAACUUGAGCAGCUACCCUCCAACUCUCAAACGGGUGUAAACACAGUCCAUUUUUCAGAUUCUGCUCACACCAGUGGUGUGGGAACAUUUGUUUAUGCUGCACCAGAACAACUUGAGGGCUCUAAUUAUGAUUCAAAGUCGGAUAUGUACAGUACAGGAGUUAUUGCAUUCGAGUUAUUCCAGCCAUUUGGGACUGAAAUGGAGCGUGUUCACACACUGGGAGAACUGAGGCAGGGCAAAGUCCCUGAGACACUAUCCAAAAACUGGCCACUAUUGGCCAAGUAUAUCAAACUGCUGACCAGCUCUGAUCCUUCCAUGCGACCAAGUGCAUCUCAGUUACUACAUAGUGACCUCUUCAGCGCUAAUGACAUGGUUGUACAUUGUUUAAAGCGUACAAUUGAUGAGCAAGAAGAAGAAAUUGUCCAGCUCAGGAGACAGAUCAGUGAGCUGCAGAUCUCUCAAAAUGCAAUGCAUGGUCCGGAAAAUACAUAAAAACUUUUGUACUCUGGUGCUUAAUACUUGUACAUUAUGUGAAUUGUUCUUUAAAAAUGGUUGUAUGAGUGAAUGCAGCUCUGCUAGUGUGUAUAAACAUAAGUGCUUUAUUUAACUUGAAUCAACUGUAAAGUAAAGAUCCAUACCAAUGAAGCAU